GAACAACAACCACUUUAACAGCUAUCAUCAUCUGUUCCAAACCGCUCUACUCAUCUUUAAAGCAAUGACAGUGGGCACCGUUGGACCCGGUCCAAAGGCAAAUGCCCGCGGCUUAUUCGCAGGAGAUUGGGCAACCGAAGAUAAAAUCUCAAUGCUAACAGAAACUUCAGUCAUCUUUUCAUCUUGUCAAAAAAUCAUCGAACAAGAACAGGAACGACAACGUGCUUCUUCUUCCGGCAACCAAUUCAUCACUCCAGUUCAUAUCGUUCAGUAUAUCCAUCGAAUUUCAAAUCUUUAUCGUGAUAAGCUUCGUCAGUAUAUCGAUAAACUCGAGGCUUCAGAGGAUGAAAUGGAACGCGCAGAUCUAGAUUUUACCGUAUCCUUCUCGCUCAUUUUACACUUUGCCGAGACAAUCUAUAUUCCUGCAGAUGGUCGUGGUACAGGUGUGGUAGGAGAGGAAAUCUUACACUGGCUCAAUUCGUUCGACGUUCAACCCACAACAGAGGAAGCACAGGAAAUCGCUCAAAGCGCUACACCUUACGAACAUGAUAAUUAUUGGGACUGUAUCAGAAGAUUCGUUUCAAGAGGUAUGCUAGCUGCCGCUUCUUCGCUUUUGUCCUACCUUGCAAAAGGACACCCCUCGGCUAAGUUACGUCAAAUUUCAGCGGAAGUCUGCGACCAUCUGACAUCCAUGCCUCGAUCAACCCGCUUCACGCUUGAACAUGAUUUCCUUGCUUCUCACCGUCGCUGGGUCGGACGAGUACGAUCUUUAUUGAACAAAUUGGAGAUGGAAAUGAAUGAAUUAGAAGCUGAAUGGCAAAGAGAUGGUUUAGGAGGAAAAGACAUAGAUGAGAUUGAAGAUGUACGAUAUGGAUUCGAAGCGCAAUUCGGAUGUCUAUUAGGAUUGAUGAUCGGUCAAAAAGAGCGGGUAUACGAAGUUUGCAGGAAUUGGCGAGAAGUUCUAGGCGCCUGGGGCUUGUUGGUGCAACCAGGUAUGAAAAGAGACGAUAUACCCGAAAUCAUAAACAUUCUUUUAGAUGCAUUUCCAGUCAAAUCCAGUGGACCGCAUCAGCCCGAGGAGAACCUUUUGAUUUCUCUCGCAAAAGGAGACACUCUCGAUGCUUGCAAACAUGCGCAAAAGUACGAUCCCUGGCUGGCCGCACAUAUGACAGAUCUAUUAGAUCGUCUUGGCCUUUUGGAGGAAGAGAAUGAGAUGGAAGAGGAUGCAAGCGAUUUGCCUUUAAAAAAUGAUGAAAGAAGCAAAAAUGGAAAAGACACAUUACGCCAGCAAACGAUUGAGGAAUAUGCAGAAACCGUUUUGGACGAUCAGUGUCUUUGGCGAUUAGCUUUGUGCUAUCUUUCGCACUGCGGUCCAUCAGCUCGACUACGAAUGCGAAACAUCAUCCUCGAUGUUGCCUUGACAGACCCUGAAGUGCUAGCAAGCAAUACUGUGCGCUUGAAAAGGGCUGAAGAUAUCAUGUUGGAGGCGGCUGAAGAUGAAAUGGACGAAAUAGCCGACGAUCCAGACCAAGCAAGGCAGGAUCGAGUGGAAGCAAAAAGCAAAGACAAUGACUCAAAGCGCAUCUUGGAACAGUAUUCAACAGCUAUGGAAGUGAUCGAAACAUGCGUUGAAUUGAAUAUGCAACUUGAGGCUCGUGCAAUAUGCAAACAUUUGGCUGGAGAAAUGGUCAAGAAAGGUCGGAUGGGAGCUGGAUUGGCUUUUUGCGUGCGGGCACAAGAUAUACGUCAAAUCAAACGUAUCGCUGAUUCAAUCUUUGAAAUCUACAUCAUUCAAGGUUGCGAUGCAUUCUGUGCAAUGGUAGACUCAAUACCUUUAUCAUUGUUGAACAGAGCAUCACAGCAGAUGAAUGAGGAUAACAAUUCUCUCUCCGCUUCUACUGAGAUAGUGGACAAGAUUAUGCCAUCCCAACAUUCAUCUUUUCACACCAGUAGACUGCUCUUCUUGGCAAAGUACAGGGAUUUCCAUCGAUUGCACACUGAAAAUGAUCUUCGCUCGGCUGCAGCUUUGCUUGUGGAGUUAUUGACUAGCAAUCUAGUCCCUGAACCUUAUCGUGCCGUUUUGUUGGUGGAUUCUCUUCCUUUCUUGCAAUCAGACAAGCCGAUGCUCACUUCUAGAGAGUCAUUUGAGCUGUUGCGAUUAUUGGACGAGAUUCUGACAGCUUCAGCUACUCAUCCCUUGCAAGCAGAUUAUUAUCUCACGGCCCUGGAACGCAUCGUUUCACCUUCAGGGAAGCAUGCAUUCGAAAAGAAGAAACAACAAGAACAGAAAACUGCAAAUGGUUCCAGUAUUGAUGCCACAGGAGCUGAUGAACUUCCUUCUCACCCUGUAAAUGAUCCUGUAGCAGCUAUUCGACGACUGGACAUCUUACGACUUCUCUUAGCAAGGAAUUUAGCAAAGAAUGUCAUCGCAUGAAGCAUACGUCUUCGCUUUUGUAUGAUUUUUGUAGAAUCUAAUGAAAUGUAUAUUAAACAAUAUGUGAGAUUUCGGUUCAUUCCUGCUCCUUAGAUCUCGAA